UCCAAUUGACUACGCCGUAGGGACCUGUUUCUAAACUGGAGACUGAUUGGCUGGGUAUUUGCUGGGUACUGAGUGUUUUCACUGAGGACUUGCUUUUCGCUUCGCCGAUUGGAAAAUGUUGGUGCUGGUAUUGGGAGACCUUCACAUUCCUCACCGUUGUAAUACAUUGCCAGCCAAGUUCAAGAAGCUGUUGGUACCUGGUAAAAUCCAGCAUAUCUUGUGCACAGGCAAUCUUUGCACUAAAGAAAGUUAUGAUUACCUUAAAACUCUGGCUGGAGAUGUUCACAUUGUCAGAGGAGACUUUGAUGAGAAUCUGCAUUACCCAGAGCAGAAAGUGGUAACAGUGGGGCAAUUCAAGAUUGGUUUGAUCCAUGGUCACCAAGUAAUUCCUUGGGGUGAUAUGGCCAGCCUUGCUCUGCUGCAACGACAGUUGGAUGUAGAUAUCCUAAUUUCGGGUCACACACACAAAUUUGAAGCUUUUGAGCAGGAGAGCAAGUUCUUUAUCAACCCAGGCUCAGCCACAGGUGCAUGCAAUGCACUGGAAGGUAAUAUCAUCCCUUCAUUCGUAUUGAUGGACAUUCAAGCAUCCACAGUAGUCACUUAUGUUUAUCAGCUGAUUGCUGAUGAUGUAAAAGUAGAACGAAUUGAAUACAAAAAAUCCUAAAUUUUGUUUUUUUUUGUUGCUUUUUUUAAACCAUGUCAUUCCUUUUCUCUUUUCUUUUGAACCUUGAUCAUGUUAACAAGCCUUUACAUGUAUUAUAUUGUGAAUUGUAACUUUUAGUUCAACCUAGUACCAGUUAACUAUUCCAGCAAUAUGAAAGGAACCUUUAUUGCACGCACUGAUAAGGUUAGUUUAGAUCCUUGCUGAAAAGGGUGCUAUAUUCUUGAAUUACUGAGGGUUUUCAGUCCUGUAAAUAUUUCCUUUCAAUGCUUACAGUAAUGGAGUAGCGUACCAUGUAAUAUGCAUGAAAUCCUUCACCAAAGGUUUUUGUUUCUGCCUUUGUUUGAAGCACCGCUGUUUCAUGUAAAAUGUUUAUCUUACUUUCCAUAAACUCUAAUAAAUGUUAUUUCAAGUG